AGGACUUCAAGAUUUUUUAAACAUUAAGUUCGUUGAUUAUAAAAACACUCUUUGAAAUUGCGUAUGGUUUCAUAAUCAAAAUUAGAAGACAUUAUUAUUUUUGUCGAUAUUGUGAUUUAAUAUGUUUCAUGAUAGCAAGCCUCACAAAUUGGCAUUAUGUUCUGUUAUGUCUACAGAGACGUGCUUCGGCGGCCGUGGACUUUUUCCGUGUCUGGGCGGACUAUAAGAACGAAUUCGGCGACCUCUCCGGCAAUUUCUGGCUUGGGUUGGAGAAAGUUCACCAGCUGACAAAUCAGGCAAUAGCAUAUUGUUCUCAUCACCAGGGAAUAUACGAGUUGAGGAUUGACAUGAAAUACCAAGGAAAAGACUACAACGCCAACUACAACAAGUUUUUGCUUUAUGGAGAAUCGGUCAACUAUAGAAUUCAGAUAACUGGAUUUUCAGGUAAUGCACGAGACAGUAUGGCUCAUCACAAUGGCCGGGCAUUCUCAACCAAGGACCGUGACAACGAUUCAAUUUCAUCAACCAACUGCGCAAAGAAGUACCACGGAGCAUGGUGGUACAAAAGCUGCCAUGAAGUGAACCUCAACGGAGCAUGGGGAAGCACGGAGUCAUCGAAAGGUUUGAUCUGGAAGGGUGUAUCUGGAUAUUCAAACUCUGUCUCCUUCAGUGAAAUGAAGAUUCGCCCAUUUGCUAAAUAAAAGUCUCAUGGCAUUGGAUGCUCAAUCUCUUGCUUAUGCCUUCUGAUGUUGGCUAAUCUAUGUGUGUGUAUUUGUGUUUGAUUGAAAGAGAAACACACUAAUAAAACACAUUUAAGAUCCUAAAAUGUGAAGUUUUGUCGUUUGUUCCAUUCUCUCAAGUCAAGGGGCAUCUUUUUUCAAUGAUGAUGAUACUGAAAAUACGUGUAGAUAGUUAUAUUUUUCUCACUUUAGACAGUCUGGAACCUACAUGUAUUUGCUUUACAUGUAUUUCAAAAUAGAAAUGUUCUUUUAUGCAUGCAGACACACAGGGACACACUUUCGUACACUUACAUGCAUUGAACACACACACUCACACACACACACACACACACACACACACACACACACACACACACACGGCACGCGCGCGCAAUUACUGUUUCUGUUUUUACUAAAUUUGUGUAACGAUGUGGUUAAAUGAGCGCUCGUCAAUUUUUGAAUUUAUUAAAUAAUUGUAUCACCUUAAA